UCACUUCUGUUCAACAUCCCUUGCCUGCAAAGCAGAGAGGUUAUUUUUUUUCCUCCUUCAGUUCCCUCUCUCCCCUCAAUGGAAAGAGAACAAACUACAAAAUAAUAAGUAUAAAGAAACUAACAAAAACACCACUUCUGUGCAUUUCUCUUGUCAUGCACAUCUCUUGUCUCAAAUCUUGUGCAUGUACUCUCUUCAAAUUCAUCUCUCUUCUUGCUAAAAACAUUUCCAACUCCUUUAAACUCAAUCUGUCUCUUUCUAGGCAUCUCCGAUUGAGCUCCUGUUCUAUCAUCAGCAGAUGGGUUUUCAGUUUAGAUAGCUGUUGCCUUACGAGUGGAGAAGAAGAAUUUGAAGUGAAAAAUAAUAAAAGAAGAUGACUUUGAAGAGUAGAGGAGCAAGUUUUGUAUCACAGAAAUGGACCCUUUUCAUUUGCUUGUGUUGCUUCUGUGCUGGAAUGCUCUUCACUGAUAGGAUGUGGAAAGUUCCAGAGUCAAAAGGCAUCACAAGGACAACUGCAAUGGAUGCUGAAAAACUAAAGUUGGUUUCAGAGGGUUGUGGAUUUAGAACUUUGCAACAGAAAGAAGUGAGGCGCGACUCUAAGGAUAUAAUCGGGGAAGUGUAUAAAACUCAUAAUGCCAUACAGACAUUAGAUAAGACGAUUUCAAAUUUAGAGAUGGAAUUAGCUGCUGCAAGGGCAGCACAGGAGUCCAUGCUCAGUGGAUCUCCAGUAUCAGAGGACUUAAAGGAGACUGGAUCGUCUGCGAAGAUAAGGUAUUUGAUGGUUGUUGGAGUUAAUACUGCUUUCAGCAGCAGGAAAAGAAGAGACUCAGUUCGUGCAACAUGGAUGCCACAAGGUGAAAAAAGGAAGAAACUGGAAGAAGAGAAGGGUAUCAUUGUUCGCUUUGUCAUUGGUCAUAGUUCCACAUCAGGAGGCAUUUUGGAUAGAGCAAUUGAAGCAGAGGAUAGAAAGCAUGGAGAUUUCUUAAGGCUGGACCAUGUUGAAGGGUACCUUGAAUUGUCUGCAAAAACAAAGAUAUAUUUUGCGACUGCUGUUGCUUUAUGGGAUGCAGAUUUCUAUGUCAAAGUUGAUGAUGAUGUCCAUGUAAACAUAGCAACACUCGGAGAAACUCUAGUUAGACACCAAAAAAAACCGCGGGUAUAUGUAGGAUGCAUGAAAUCUGGUCCUGUUCUCAGUCAAAAGGGAGUAAGAUACCAUGAACCUGAGUAUUGGAAAUUCGGCGAGGCAGGAAACAAGUACUUCCGCCAUGCUACUGGACAGCUAUAUGCCAUUUCAAAAGAUUUGGCUACGUACAUUUCAAUAAACCGGCAUGUUCUUCACAAGUAUGCUAAUGAGGAUGUCUCAUUGGGAUCUUGGUUUAUUGGUCUCGAUGUGGAGCACAUCGAUGACCGGAGACUAUGUUGUGGCACCCCACCAGAUUGUGAGUGGAAGGAGCAGGCCGGUAACAUCUGUGUUGCUUCAUUUGACUGGAGCUGCAGUGGGAUCUGCAGGUCUGCUGAUAGGAUUAAAGAGGUUCAUCGGCGGUGCGGGGAAGGUGAGAAAGCUUUAUGGAGUGCAACAUUCUGAAACAACCCAAGAGAUAUCUUCCCAACUCAGGAGGAGAACGAGCUAGUAUUAAUGAUCGAGGCGUGCGAGUCUUUUUCUAUAUUUUCUGCCAUUGCUACAGAAAUAGGUCUAGAGAAAGUGUGUAUGUGAGUGAGUGCGUGCAUGCUUGCACGUCUCCGUGCAUAAGCCGGAGAGAGGGCGAGGAACGGAGAGGGGUUGCUAUGCAGAAGUUUUCGUUUUAGUGAAGAAAAUAGACCACAUUAGCAGCCAGGAAAAAGAGGCAAGAGACUGUCACUAUUCAACCAUUCAACGUUCUUUUGAUAUGGCUUGGAGAGCCACUUUGUAAGUUGCAUUUUCCACGGCUAUCAAGCUCGCAAUAAAAUAUAAGUCCUUUUUGGUGGCA